GCCGCCAUCUUGGAAAUAAAUUAUACAUUCAGCAUUAAAACGAGGUUACCAGUGAGAGCGCGCGAAUGAUAGCAUGUAAACAUUGCUCCACGUGAGUUUGACAGCUUUACAAAAACAAUGUUGAAAUACAAUGAUACCACUUGGAAUUCUCUAGGAGAUAUACAAAAGCUAUCGGCAAAGGAUUUAAGAGCUGUCUUAAGAAUUAAUCAUGAAAAGACAAGUGGUUUGAAGGCCGAUUUAGUCCUGAAAGUUUAUGCUUUGCUGAUGCGAAAUGUCACUCCAAAACCGAACUGCCCGAUCUCAACUGUGUCACAAGUUAUACCGGCAAAAAACCCAGCUGAUCGCACAGAUUUCACCGUUAAGAAUGUGUUAGAUGAAUUAACGUUAGCAGAUUGGAGUGCAGAUUUACGGAACUUACCGGAUCUAAGUUUUAUUCAGCUUUAUAACUUCUUGGUAGUAACAACGAAAAAGUACAGACAUAUCGUCUUAAAAGGUACCAAUUUCAAAAGACUAAAGUCUUACCAGUUCUUCGUAGAAGGUCACAUAAAAUGCAUGCAGAGUAAAGAAAUUGGUUCUUUUAAGUACGUCAAAGCUUUUGUAUUAGCCUCAAUGAAAAAGAAACGUUAUAGUACAGUGUUACAAUUUUCUCUCGAUGACGAUGUGCUCAAAGCUGCUUGUACGUGCCCUGCCGGUCUUGGAAAGUAUGGCAUGGGAAAGUGCAAUCAUAUUGGUGCAGUUUUGUUUUCCAUUGAGGAUUUUACGCGUCGCGGAUUGCAAAAGCAUCCAGAACCUUUGUCGUGUACGUCAAGAUUGUCAGUUUGGGUGGUACCAAGAGUACAGACUGUAACACCAAGACCUAUUGACCGCCUUUUAUUUCGAAGGAUACGUUUUGGAAAGACUAACAUUAGAACUACCCCGAACAUUAUCUCUUAUGAUCCACGUGCACCGUAUCAGCGCACUAGAGACGAAAAUGAUUUUAGAAAACUCUGCUCAUCUUUACAAAACUGUUUAUCUGAGAGUUCAUUUUUCUUAUUUCAUGACUUGGAAUCAAAUCAGCACAAAAAGAGCAAAUCUAAUCAAGGCCAUGAAAGUAGAAACUAUGAAAGUAGUAAUCCAGUUAUGAAUGAAAUAUCUGAUACUGACUCAGCAUUUAAUGACUUAUAUGAUAUAUCAAGCAAUGAAUUCAAGGACAUUAUUGAUCACUAUUUCAAUUCUCAUUACUCUAAUAUUCCAGCCAAUGAAGUGGAAAACAUUGAAAAAGCUACAAGGGGGCAACAAAAAAAUUCUGUAUGGCACAAUAAACGCAAGGAGAUUUUGACUGCAUCCAAUUUUGGGAUGAUUUGUAAAAACAAAGUUGAACCUAGCAAAAAACUAAAAGCCAUUCUUUACAGCAAUUUCACAACUGAAGCAACAGUAUAUGGGCAAGAAAAUGAGAGUAAGGCUGUUGAACUUUAUUUAAAACAAGAGAAAGAAAGGCUGUGCAAUGAUAAUUAUCAAGCUUUAGAAGUUGGACUUUUGAUCUCAGCAAAGAAACCCUUUCUUGGUGCAAGUCUAGACAGAGUUAUUGUUGACAAGCUAAACAAAGUAAGGUGGGGAGUCGAGGUUAAAUGCCCAAUAAGCAAACAUGGAAUGCAAGUACAUGAAGCUUGUAUGAAAAAAUCAUUUUUCUUACAAGAAAGUGCUGAUGGAAAGAUUUAUCUUAAGAGAAACCACAACUACUUCUAUCAAUUACAAGGCCAACUUUUUGUUUCUGGAUUUGAAUUUAUUGAUUUUGUUGUGUAUUUUGGCGAUGGCAUUCCUGUUUUCAUUGAAAGAAUUGAUUUUGACAAACAAUUCUGGGUUGAUAACAUGUAUCAACAACUUGAGUUCUUCUUCAAGAAAGCACUUUUACCUGAGCUGUUGACAACAAGAGUAAAGAGGAAAAGAAANUUGAAUUAA